GGAAAGGGUCGCUCUGGGUGGCGUCGUUUAGGCCGCGCUAGGGUCCAGGUGGGGGAUGGGGAGUGGUCGGAGCCAAGCUGUCACGCUGCCCUCACUUGCCCGCCACCCCAGGGUCACUUGCAGCAGGCUCAGGGGCAAGAGAGACGGAUGCCUAGGUGGAGGGGACCUAGGUGCUUUUGGACCCCUCAGGGCAGGACUCCACCUUCGCUUUUCAAAGUCCAGUCUUUUAAGGAGCCUUUUUUCCUGACAGCCUCUACUCCAGUAUACCAAAUCUCUGACUCACUGGCAUCUUUCUCCUUCUCUCCGACCUGCAUGCCCGGGUUGGCUGAGGAAGGAGAAGCCAGAGAUCAGGGGCUAAGCCAGGGAGAAGGAAAGAAAGCUUUCCCGCCUCAGUGGCUAAGUUGGCUACUGGAUUGCUUCCUCUGGUCCCCAGACCUAGCCCGCAAAGCCAAGCAAAGUGAGCAGGUUUUGAUCAUGAUCAUUUUCACCCAGGACUGCGAGUGGGGUUGGGGUGGGAGUGGAACUUUUCCGAAGAGGCUCAGCUCCAUCUUCCCCCAAAAUGUGAGGGUUAGCCCCUACCCGAUGGACAUAAGGGACAAAUGGGAUAUAUAGGUAGACCUUUCUGCAAUCUCACUGUCCCAGGUGGGACUGACUAGGUGAAAUGGGACAUUGAACAUGUGAGCCCUGGGGGACAAAGCAUUGUGGAACUGAACCUCCUGGUUUUUGUCUUAACAUGGGUUGGGACCCCCAAGAGUUGUGAGCGAUAAGAGCUCAGAGAAAACUGAAAUGAAGUUGGCUAUGUUGGAGCAGGGAGGAAGAAUACAAGCAAUUUCCAUCAUAGGAUCACUUUGGAUUUGCCCCUGGCAAGACCCCUCUCAGGAAUUGGGCUAGUGCUUAGCUUUCUCUCCACCCUUGCUCAAAGUCCCUGGGCUGGGAGAGGGUGAGGAGGCCUUGGGUGGGGGCAGAGCGGGAAGGUGUACCGGAAGGAGGACGGUUCCCCCCGGUUCCCCACCCCCACCCCGCCGCCCUGCUGCUGACCAAAGGUGCACUUUAUAGCCUCCUAGAUAGUCCCAAGGUCACCUGGCUAUACUGUUGCCCCACUCUGCCCCUCCCUUUCUCCUUUCCUGAGGCGCUCAGGGCCCAGCCCGCACUUUGGAGCCUACAGGAUCAGACCAGGGAUUAGACCACUUGAUUCCCUAAUUCUAAAGCCACUCUUGCCUUCUCUUCCUACCACUUCCCGACCCCAAACCAGCCAGGAAAGGGGUUCCUGAGCCCAAAGGAGAUCCCCAGGCUGAUCACUCAGCCCCAGGGUAUCUCCUUUAAUGAGGGAAGAAUGGUUCUGCUGUGACGGGACUGACAUGAUUUCGGGUCAUUUUUGAGGAUAGAUGAGGACAGGUAGAGCAUAGAAGGCAGUGACAGGGAGUCCCUCCAUUCUGGCUUUCCUGCAGGGCUUUGAGUCCGGAGGAGGAAGGGAGAAGUUGAAUGCCAGCGGAGGGGAGAAUUCCAGGCUGCUUUGGCUGGUUGAUUCACUCAUUCGUCGAUACUAAAACAAAAUUUGAGCUCUGGCCUCCUACAGUGAGCAGCCCUAUUUCGUGAGGUGGUCUUGAGUAGGUGAAAUCAGGUGAAAGGGGACUUCUGGGUCCCUGAGGACUGUACCUCUUAAGCUCUUGGCAAGUUAAAGCAGAAAAGAAUUUCCUAUGUCACCUGACCCGACCCUUUACUCUCAGCUUGGUCUGGGGGAAGGAAGGUGUUCCAGGGCGGCUGGCCAAGCCGGCCUUCCUCUAGGGCACCCUGCACCCGCCAACCCUCUCCCUCCCACACAUGUACAUAGUCACCUUCACGAGGCUCGGGUGCCCGGUCACUGGCCUCCAAGGCUACCACAUAGCUUGUUUUCUUCCUGAUUCUUCCUGAUUCUGAAUGGCAGCUUCCCUCAUAGCCAUCUCUCAAUGGCCCGUCUUUCUCAGAUCUUUCUCUCUCAGGGAUCCUCAGUGUCUUGAGGACCCUGGCAAUGCACAGGGGUACCCAAUGUCACCUGCCACCUGGCUUGGCUCAUGGUAUCCAGAGAAACUUUGGGGUGGAAGGUGGUGCACCGUGGGUCAGAGAGAAAGAAUCCGUCCCGACUUCCUGACCCUUUCUAUAGACGGAAUGAGGGGAGACUGGCAGUUGGGCUCAACUGAAAAGUACGUGUGAGGACUCUGAGCCAACUGGCUGCAGUUUGUGGAGGGAGGGCGAUAGUUUAGAUAUAAGCCCUUCUGGGAGGGACUGGAUGGAGUGAUGGGAGAGAAGAGAAUCGAGGCCCUGGUGUAACCAGCUCAGUGACUCUUGGCACUGGCAGAAGCAGCAGGGGGUUGAGUCCGGAGAGGGACAUAGGGGAGGCUUGCAUCUCCCCUAUGAGCGGAGGAGCUGGCUGCCGAAUGUAAGAGUGCAGGCUACCCCGGGACUUUGAUGCCCUACAGAUGUGACCUGUCAAAUGAGGAGGACAUCCUCUCCAUGUUCUCGGCGGUCCGCUCUCAGCACAGUGGUGUGGACAUCUGUAUCAACAACGCUGGCUUGGCCCGGCCUGACACCCUGCUCUCAGGCAGCACCAGCGGUUGGAAGGACAUGUUCAAUGUGAACGUGCUGGCCCUCAGCAUCUGCACACGGGAAGCCUACCAGUCCAUGAGGGAGCGGAAGGUGGAUGACGGGCACAUCAUUAACAUCAACAGCAUGUCUGGCCACCAAGUGCCACCCCAGUCCGUGGCCCAUUUCUACAGUGCUACCAAGUAUGCCGUCACUGCGCUGACAGAGGGGCUGAGGCAAGAGCUUCGGGAGGCCCAGACCCACAUCCGAGCCACGUGCAUCUCUCCAGGAGUGGUGGAGACACAAUUCGCCUUCAAACUCCAUGACAAGGACCCUGAGAAGGCAGCUGCCACCUAUGAACACAUGAAGUGUCUCAAACCUGAGGAUGUGGCCAAGGCUGUCAUCUAUGUCCUCAGCACCCCGCCACAUGUCCAGGUGAGUCUGGCCUUGGAUGUCCAUCCCCCAGAGGAGCCCGACCGUCCCCAGAGGAGAAGAGCAGGGAGGCUUUAAGGGGGUGGGGAGAGGGUCCUGGCUGCCUCAAGCCUUGUGCCUUCUGCAGAUCGGAGACAUCCAGAUGAGGCCCACGGAGCAGGUGACCUAGUUUCCUGUGGGGAGCUCCUCCUUCCCUCCCUGCCCCUCAAGGCUUGGCACCUGCCUCUGGAUGUGGGGUGUUGAUUUCUGGACCCUUGGAUUCCACUUCCUUUCCCCACCCCCAGCAGGGGCUAGAAAACUUGUUUGAGAUUUCAUAUAAUCUUGUCAAAUUGUUUCCACCGAAUUUGCAAAAUGGGCAGGGGAGAGGAGGUGUUUGUUUGCCCUGCUGAGUCCUUCUUGGGCUCCUUGGCCUUUGUUCGCUGUCCUUGGCCUCUUCCCGUUGACCUGGGAAAGGGGCUGUGGCCAAAAGUGGGGCUUUCCCCUAUCUUCUUGCACCCCACCCCCGUCCCUUCAGGAUGAGGCGGCAGAGGGAAGCCCUCACCUUCCAUCUGAAUGGAUUUCGGGGCUCUGGGCUUCCUCCUUUCCCUGCGUCCCACCCCCCACCCCAUCUAUUCCCCGUCCCAGUUCUCCAGCCCCACUGUGGCUUCUCAGCCCCCGGUGGGGUCCUCACUCCACUCUAUGGCAGCAGAGUACCAGGGCCUGCCUCCCAUGUGGGUUUCACUGUGAUCAUUAAAAAAGAAAAA